AUGAUGGUUCCCCAACUGUUUUUUCCUAUAACCUCUAUCAAGCUUAUCCUACUUGUCCUCUUCUACGCCAUCACCCACCAAACGUUUGCAAUUUCAAAAUCAUCUCCGACAUCCGAUGGACCAAGGUGUCUCGAUCAUGGAAAACAGCCUCCAGCACAGAAAGAUUUGGAUUUCCUGAGUUUAUGUGUGAGUAUCCUUGUUUUGUGUAUUAUUAUUAUGUUUGUGUUGAUGUGGUUGUUGUUGUGUCUUGUUUGGUUUAUUCUGGUGUGUAUUUUGUUCUUAGAUUUAGGUUGCAGUAAGUUUGUGCUCAAGGUGUUUGUGGAUUUGUCUCAGAAGCUUGAAUGUAGGAGUUUUGCUUUUGAGGGAGAUUCUAUUUAG